CCUGAAUUUCGAUACGGCAGUCGGGGUUUUAGACGUUCUGUUUACAUCCCCGCUCUCCAUGGCGCUGAUAGCCGCCCACGCAUAUCUGUGGGGUAUGCUCAGCUCCUAUGUGUUCCUUCUGUAUCUGUGGGCGUUUCUGUUGCGCAACCUGUAUGUCUGGCUGACGGAGCCAAGCGGGCCACAGCAGAAAGUCCAGUGGGAGAAGCAGGUUGUGGUGGUGACUGGCGGGUCGCACGGCGUCGGCUGUAGCCUGCUGAAAAGACUGUCGCUGACCGGAGCGCGGAUCGCCAACCUGGACGUCAGCAGCAUGGCAGGGGACCUGCCGAAUGUGUUCUUCUACCAGUGCGAUCUGAGCGAUACGGAGCAGAUCACCAAGGCGGUUCAGCGGAUCAGCGAUGACCUCGGCGUGCCGACGAUGCUAGUGAACAACGCCGGGCGUGGUAUGACCGAGGCCGAGAUGCAGCAUGUGAUGCAGGUGAACGCAAUGGCGCCGAUGCACUUGACACGGCUGCUAUUGCCUGGCAUGCUGAGGCAGAAGAACGGCCAUGUUGUUUUCGUGGCCAGCGUGCUGGGGUUUGCCGGUCUGCCGCAGGCGGCGACGUAUGCGGGCAGCAAGGCGCUGGUGGCCAAUUUCCGCGAUUCGCUAAGGCUUGAGCUGCGGUACCGUGUGCGCAGCGAGCGGGUCAAGACUAGUGUUGUGUUUCCAGGGAAGAUCAGUAGCGGCAUGUUCGAUGGGGUUGGGUCGCCUGCAUGGCUGUCGCCGGAGCUAAGUACGGAGAUGGUGGCGGGACGAAUCUUUGAGAACCUGGAGAAUAUGCGUGGUGGGGAGGUGUAUUUGCCCAAGAUGGCGUAUUUGGCGCCAAUAUACUGGGCCAUGCCAGAGAUUGUAAGGGAUUUGGCACACCAGGUUGCUGGAAGCUUAUACUCGAUGAAUGAUCACAAGUCGGUAGUACAGAAAGAGCGACACUAAUAUAAACACCUGAUUGCAAAUGCAACGUCAACGAUAAUACAUUUUAUAAUUCAG